GCGUUGAUGGUGACGACAGAUGCGUGCAGAGCUCCGUGAGGCCUCGAGGAAUCAGUCUCAUCCAUAGCUUUGCAGGACGAUGGAUGGCAGUGCCACUCGGGUGAGAACAGCAGCCUCCAAGCCAAGCAAAGCACGUGAAUCAUCAUGGCAUCAUAUUAUGAUUCAUGCAUCGUGUGUGCUGUUUGCGUGUGAUUGUGUUGUCAUUCGCUUUGGUGCAGAUGAGUGAAAUGGGAACGAGGGAUCAGCUGCUCAAACAGAUUCAGGCCUAUCAGACCAAUCAGGCGAGGGUAUCUGACCAACACACUCACUCAUCCACUCAGUCAGUGCAUCCGUCGCUCAUCGGUUGCUUUGUGUUGUUUGUUUGUGUUUGCUGUGGUGUGCAGGUCAACAAUGGCAUCGGCCGACUCACUCAAAUGGACACCGCUAUGAUCACACCACUGGUGCGGCCAGACUACCACACUCAGCACAACGGCCUCUGUGUCAUGAUCCCUCGUGUGAUUCAUCAGAUGGUGGCCAAUGUCAGUCGUCAACUCGCCAACGAAUCGGCCCGUCUGGCCCAGCUGGCGGAUACCAUCGACUCGACCAUCGCACUCACAACACACCCCCACUCAGGUGAGAGAGAGUCCACCCACACACACACACACAGCUGCAUGUUUGUCUUUGUGUGUGUCGUCAGGCUCGGCGGUUGCAGGUGUAUGACAUUCCCGCCGAGCCAAUAAGUAUCAUCCUGGCACUCUCUGACCUCACCACGGUCGCCCACCUCAAGUCGACAGCCCGCCACUUCACCAACGCCAUCCGACCGAUCAUCCGCAAUAUUCGGCUGCCGAACGCCAUCGAGGGGGCGGGGGCUAGUGGCGUGGUGCAGUUCGACCCCCAGCUGAGCCACGGCGAUGUGAUGAAGGCCAUGUGGGUGGUGGAGGAGGGGGGCGAGGGCGGCUGGGGGGAGGUAGGCGACACACUGAGAGUCGCCGAGUACUGUGGCAAUUGCCAGCUGCCGAUCACUGUGGAUGGUGCAGAUCUGCAGACACACGCCACCAAGGCGGUAAACACAACACACAGAAGAGGCAAUGGGUGAGCUGCUGGUGUGUUGGGUGCAGAAUUUCUUGGCGCUGCCCCGUGUGUUUGCGCAGUGGAUGCUCGUCGAUCGCCAUGUCGUCUUCCGUCGCCCCACUGGCCAGCAGGACGGCACACUAUAGCUGUUCCGCCACAACAACAACGAUAUUCGGAUCAUCCGCAAUGAGCCCAACUUCACCAUCACACUCAACCCGCCGCUCCCCCUCCCCACCGACCGCCCCGUCCAUGCCUUCUCGCAGCACCCCUUCCAGCAGCACGCCAAGCCACACGACCCUCCAGUCCGCAGCCGCAUUGGAUGGCAGCAUGGUGUGGGCUGGGUGACGAUUGGCGUCAACGACGGGCCUCUUUACGCAUCGGCGAGUUCCAUGUUGAAGGACCUGGUCCUGUGUCACCGGCUGUUGGCUCUGGGCGGCUCCACCGACUCGCCAGCAGUGGCGGUGGACCGGUAAGUGGAUGGGAGGCACACAAUGAGAGGGCGAAUGGCUAUGUGGUGCGUCAUUGAUGUGUGUGUCAGUCGUGUGCGUGGCGGCCACCUCGACCGCAUCAUGACUCAAUCGCCACAUACACCGCCCAAUGGAUGCUCGAACGUGUUGACAUGGGAGGCGGCCGAUGGGAUCUGUGCACAGCUGCAUGUACUGACGUCAUCCAACGACCCGUUCCUCGCAGAGAUUGCCUUUGGCAUCUUCCCAGGCGACAACCAGAGCGGUACGCAUACACAUUGACAACACAUCAUCAUGCUGUCGUCUUGUCUGAUCAUCUGCUGUUGUCUGAAUGCAGUGCGCGUCAUCAUCCGUACCACCGAGGCGCCAGCAGCAGCUGUCCCUCAGGAUGCGCCCUUCGCCCAGCGAUUCCUCCUGACGGCCGCCAAGGUGCGUUGCGUCCUCGGGCCCAUCGCAUCCAUCGUCCUCGACGGCCAGGCGCCAUAGAUACAGGGUGAGAGCCACACAGGUGAUGCAGAGGACCUGAUGUAUGUGUCCAUUGUGUGUGUUUGUUGGUGUGGGUUCUGCAGGGCGGCUGGAUGGCGAGCGGACUGGGUGCUGCAUGAUGGACAGACAGAUGCGUGUGUGCGCAAGGUCUGGG